AUGAUAAUUAGUUUUGUCACCUAUCGAUUUUUGUCAAUCAUAAUUGGAAUAUUAUUACCAUCGUACAAAACAUAUAAAGCAAUUAAAUAUCAACUCUCUGAACAAUAUUUAACUUUACUCUGUUAUUGGAUUGUAUUUAGUUUCUAUCAUUUAUAUGAAAUUUUUCUUGAUCAAAUUCUUUCUCUUAUAUUUCCGUUUUAUUACGAGAUAAAAUUAUUAAUAAUUUAUUGGUUAGCAUGUAAAAAUGGUGCACAAAUUUUAUUUAAUCGAUUUCUUUUACCAUAUGUAACAAAACAUGAACAAGAUAUUGAUUAUAUAUUUAAUCAUACAAUUAAUCGAUUUAUACCAAAAUUAUGUGAAUUAUCAUUGAAAACAAUUGUAACAACAUCGCAAAUUGUCUUUAAUCGAUCAAAUGGUACUGUUGCGUCCACUUCAUUAACAAAAUAUUGCAGUAUACCGAAUACUGAGCCCAUAACCGGUGAACGUUCAACAGAUUUAAUUUCACGCGUUAAAAAAAUUAUUGAUAAUCAAAAUAAUCUACUUGAAGAUUAUCAACAACACCAUGGUGAUGAGAAAAUAUUAUUAAAAACAUAUUUAAAUGAAAAUCGUACGGCAAAAAAACCAUCGAAAGAAUUUCAUAUAACAAAUUUUGCUGAACAACAACACAAUUAUAUACAUCGACGACAUAGUAGCACAGUUAAAAAUAGAUGA